AUUAACGUUGACAACUUUCCAACAAGGAGUCGAAUACCUCUCCCUCGAUAUCCCGCCUGGAUAGAUUAGAAUAAUACUCGUUCUUUCCCUGACCGCCACUGGAUGCCUUCGCAACUUCAUGAUCACUUAGAUCUUCUUGUCGGAGGAUCCUUAGAAGCAACUGGAGGCGAUGGAUCUGUCAUCGAUGAAUGGAAUAGAUUGCAAAAGACCGAUGGUGUUCAUAAGCACUUCACGAAUAUCACUUUUUUUCUCAUCUGCGAAUAUCAGGUUUCGGUGCCACCGAAGAACAAAUUACGAUACACGAUAUUCCAUGGACUUCAGUGACUGACUUGUACGAAAUCGAAUCCUUGAGCCUCUUUCUUUCCCAGAUACUUCUUUUGUAUGUGACGCGACUCUGGAUACUGUUUACUCGAGUAACACUCCGGACACUUAGACGGCCUGACUCCAAUUCUUUGCUGCAUUCCUUGCAGUCGACACUGUCGUCAGGUCGCUCUGAUGAUGAGGUUUCAGCAGAGUUAGCUGAUAUGUUCGGUUUUGAGAAUAUUGAGACCGUUAUGCAAAUUUUGGACUGCCGGUUUGAGCUGCUGAAGGAGGUAGAUCGAUAUACGAAUGCUUCAGGUGGUGAAGAGAUGAGUACUGUCAGCCUUGACCCGCUGGCUGCCCGUCAGCGUAUGGAGCGACAAUUCAGAGAAAACGCCUCAAAGCCCUUGAUUUCAAGAAUGGUUGGACCCGAACCUGAAGUUCUGCCACAUAUAUAUACCUCAUCCACCAUGUCCCAGAACAAUCUUUUAUCACAAUAUGGUCGUAAAUACAUGCUACCAAUAGGAACUACACGGGAACACCAUGAGCAAUAUGAAGAAGUUGUGGUUCCACCAGCCAAACCCGUUCCUCCUCGGUCCAAAGAACGACUUGUACCGGUAUCUGAAUUGGAUCCUCUGGCGCGGGGAUGUUUUCCUGGAUAUUCAAGUCUCAACCGCAUUCAGUCGAUCAUUUAUCCAACAGCGUAUGCUUCGAACGAGAAUAUGCUAGUGUGUGCGCCUACGGGUGCAGGUAAAACUGAUGUAGCAAUGCUAACUAUUUUGCGGGUGCUUGAUCAACAUCGCUCCUCCACUACGCCUACAAAUAUCGGAAACACCAUCAAUCGUGACUCAUUCAAAAUAAUAUAUGUCGCUCCCAUGAAAGCGCUGGCCUCCGAAAUAGUACAAAAGUUUGCAAAGCGGCUGAGAUGGCUGUCAAUCACAGUCCGAGAGUUAACUGGUGAUAUGCAAAUGACCAAAGCACAAAUUGCUGAGACUCAAAUAAUUGUAACUACACCCGAGAAAUGGGACGUCGUUACUAGAAAGCCGACUGGGGAGGGGGAAAUUGCCUCUUUGCUCAAAUUAUUGAUAAUAGACGAAGUUCAUCUGUUAAACGAAGAACGUGGUGCUGUGAUAGAAACCAUUGUAGCAAGGACACUGCGUCAAGCGGAAACCACUCAGUCUGUGAUCCGAAUCGUCGGACUAAGCGCCACCCUCCCCAAUUUCAUAGACGUGUCUGACUUCCUCAGCGUAUCUCGACAAAAGGGUCUUUUCUAUUUUGAUUCCUCUUUUAGACCCAUACCACUCGAACAGCAUUUCCUCGGAAUCAAGGGAAAGUCAGGAAGCCCACAAUCAAAAAAGAGUUUGGAUCGCGUCACCUUUGAGAAAGUAAAAGACCUCGUGGAGCAAGGCCACCAGGUAAUGGUUUUCGUUCAUGCCAGGAAGGAAACGGUCAAAACUGCGAUGGCCCUAAAAGAGACCGCCGAACUCGAAGACGCUGGCGAAUUCUUUCGCUGCGAAGAUCAUCUAGAAUGGCGGUCCUCUCGGCAACAGAUUGGGCAAUCCAGAAACAAGGAAAUGAAGCAGCUUUUCGAUUAUGGUUUCGGUAUACACCAUGCAGGAAUGCUUCGCUCUGACCGAAACUUGAUGGAACACAUGUUCCGUUCUAAAGUGCUCAAGGUCCUCUGUUGUACCGCCACUCUUGCCUGGGGUGUCAACUUACCUGCUCACGCUGUGAUCAUUAAGGGAACGCAAGUUUACGAUAGCUCCAAGGGGUCGUUCGUGGAUCUUUCCGUGCUUGAUGUCUUGCAAGUUUUCGGUCGUGCUGGGCGUCCCGGACUUGAGACUAGUGGAGAAGGUUAUAUCUGCACAACUGAAGACAAACUCGAUCACUAUCUGGAAGCUGUGACUUCGCAGAAUCCCAUUGAAUCUCAAUUCAAAGGUGGAAUGAUUGACGCUUUGAACGCGGAGAUCUCAUUGGGAACAGUGAGCAGCGCCAACGACGCAGUCCAGUGGUUAGGUUAUACGUACCUUUUUGUUCGGAUGCGCAAGAACCCGUUCGUAUAUGGGAUCGCAAGAGACGAGCUGGAAGGUGACCCUCAGCUGGGUCAUAAACGGAAUGAGCUCGUGACUUUAGCCGCUCAAAAGCUAGCCGAUGCACAAAUGAUCGUAUACAAUCGCCAGACGGGUACCUUCGCUACUCGAGACCUAGGCAGAAUUGCGGCACGAUAUUAUAUCCGUCACCAGUCCAUUGAGACUUUCAACCGAGAGUUCAAACCCAGGAUGUCUGAAGCUGAUGUGUUGGCCAUGUUGAGCAUGAGUACCGAGUUUGACCAAAUCCAAACGAGGGAAUCCGAACUGAAGGAACUUUCAACCUUGAUGGAAGAUAUACCGUGCCAAGUCAAGGGAGUCAUUACUAGUACUCAGGUUCGCGAAACGAUAUCUGGACCCGACAAAGGCACGGGGACCUACACGGAAAAGAUUGAGAUCUCCAGCCAAGCGAAAGUCAACAUUCUUCUACAGAGUUUCAUCUCCAGGAAGCCGAUAGAUGACUUUGCACUUGUAUCUGAUACCGCCUACGUCGCUCAAAAUGCUGGUCGUAUCGUUCGCGCCCUCCUCGAAAUAGCCAUCAGUAGAAAGUGGGCCUCUGUUUCUUUAGUCCUCAUGGGUCUGAGCAAAGCCGUGGAAAAACGCCUUUGGCCAUACGACCAGCCCAUGUUACAGUUCGAUCUCAAACCUGAGGUUUUCUAUGGUCUGGAACAAUGGGCCGACGAGUGGACCCCUUCACAGCUCGCCAACAUGAAUGCAGAAGAGCUUGGAAAACUUAUUCACUUGAACGUGCACCACGGACAAGCACUCUUCAAUGCCGCAAAGCAAGUGCCGUGGGUGAUGAUGACAUACGAUCUCCGUCCGCUUGGGCAUGACAUUCUCAAGAUUGCUAUCCAUGUCACAAAGGAUUUCAGUUGGAGUAACAAGGUUCAUGGAUCGGCGGAACCAUUUUGGCUCUGGGUUGAGGACCACGAUGGCCUCAAUAUCCUGCAGUUCACACAUACUUUGCUCAAGCCUACCAUGGAUAUCCUGCACUUUGACUUCGUUAUCUCCAUCAUUCAUCACGACCCGCCCCCUUCUGUCACCAUAAGAUUCGUGUCUGACCGAUGGGUUGGCGCUGAGCAGGAGCUUGUCAUACCACUGGACGCCCUUGAGAUGCCCCAAAAGCCAAGUAGCCACACCCCUUUGUUAGACUUACCGCUUCUUCCGCUUUCGACUGUGAGGGAUCCUGUAGUGGACGCUAUUUUCGCCAAUCGCAUCCAUAACUUCAAUCCCCUACAAACUCAGGUAAUGUGGAGUUUGAUCAACACCAACUCACACGCUCUGUUGUGUGCCCCACCUGGCUGUGGGAAGUCUACCGUGGCGUUGAUUUUAGUCUGGACACAAGUUCUGAAGUCACCUACUUCCUGGGUUUUGGUCGUGACUCCUCACGGAAACGCAGCAGCCGAAGUUUUGUCGAAUCUCAAGGUGGCGACGAAUAUCGUAGACGAUGUAACCAUUAUGACACCGGAUUCUCGGAGUAUCCUUCGUCAACCAAACGGAAAAACAAUCAUGAUUGCAACUUCGCGCGAUUUAUUUGAGGCAAUUAUUUCGAGGGAUCCGAAAGUGGCAUUGACCGGACUCGAUUUGGUCGUUUGUGAAAAUAUGGAGAACCUAGAAGCCAAGUACGAGCUCGGAGUAUCGCUGCUUCGCCACGCUACACAAUUUUGUCCCACACGAUUCGUAGGAUUCUCGAAUUCUCUUCACGAUGCUGCGGACUUAGGGGCGUGGUUGGAUGUAGACGAAUUCGCUUUCCACAGCUUCCGUCCUAGUGAUCGCAACUACCCUCUCAUCACCUCUGCACUGACAUUUUCAAUCCCGCAUUCCGCAUCUCUAUUCAAGGCGAUGGCAAAACCAAUUCACAAUGCCAUUUGUGGUGUACUGUUGGGGAAUUCUGCGAUCGUUUUGGUGCCAUCUCGUGGACAGUGCAAACUUACUGCACUAGAUCUUCUUACGCAGUCUGCGUUAGAGAAUCAGACCGAUCGAGGUUAUCGCGUAUCGGAGAUGUUGGAUAAGGAUUUGGGAUUUUUACUGGAUAGGUUAACUGACAGGUCUCUGGUAGAUUUCAUAUCCAAAGGUGUCGGGAUCUACCAUAGUGGAAUACCAAGAGGAGAUCGUGGAUUAAUACUCCGACUUUAUGUCGAAGGGGUGAUCCGUGUCCUGCUGGUCUCACGAGAAGCUUGUUGGUCUUUACCCGUGCGGGCUGGUAUCGUUGUCGUAGCAGGGACACAGUACAUGAAACCGACAAGUGAAGGACAACAUUUGCAAGACUACGAGCUGCCUGAACUUGUACGGAUGCAAAGUCUAGCUGUUCGACAUUCGGGGACAGGCCAUUUCCACCUCCUAUGCCAGGCGGAGGCUAAGGAGACAUAUCUUCGUUUCUUGAAUGAAGGGUUACCUCUUGAAUCGAACUUGUUGGAUUCGGAAGAGCUAAGACUGUGGUACAAGAAACACAGGGAAUUUUCCGAGGAACAAAAUGUAGUGGAUGGAUUGUCAUUCACUUUUUUGGCGAGAAGGAUGGUAAAUAAUCCUGUAUAUUAUGAUUGUCCUUGUUCUUCGUUAGAGGAAAGCCUUUCAUGGGUUGCGGAUAACCUGAAAGAAUAGAUUUGUUUGCUGGUCACUGUGGGUGACGGUGAGCGUAC